AUGACAACGCCGAGAAAACCUUCGACGAAGAAGUCGGCUGACGGGACGAGCUUUUCUGAAAGAUCUGCCAAAGCUAAACUGGCCAAGAAAGCAGACCUCCAGGAUGACAACGCCGAGAAAACCUUAGACGAAAAGUCGGCUGACGGGACGAGCUUUUCUGAAAGAUCUGCCAAAGCUAAACUGGCCAAGAAAGCAGACCUCCAGGAUGACAACGCCGAGAAAACCUUAGACGAAGAAGCGGACAACGCCGAGAAAACCUUCGACGAGAAAUCGGCUGACGGGACGAGCUUUUCUGAGAGAUCUGCCAGAGUCAAGCUCCCCAAGAAAGGCGAUCUUCAGGCGGACAACGCCGAGAAAACCUUCGACGAGAAAUCGGCUGACGGGACGAGCUUUUCUGAAAGAUCUGCCAAAGCUAAACUGGCCAAGAAAGCAGACCUCCAGGAUGACAACGCCGAGAAAACCUUAGACGAAAGGUCGGCUGACGGGACGAGCUUUUCUGAGAGAUCUGCCAGAGUCAAGCUCCCCAAGAAAGGCGAUCUUCAGGCGGACAACGCCGGAAAAACCUUCGACGAGAAAUCGGCUGACGGGACGAGCUUUUCUGAGAGAUCUGCCAGAGUCAAGCUCCCCAAGAAAGGCGAUCUUCAGGCGGACAACGCCGAAAAAACCUUCGACGAGAAAUCGGCUGACGGGACGAGCUUUUCUGAAAGAUCUGCCAAAGCUAAACUGGCCAAGAAAGCAAACCUCCAGGAUGACAACGCCGAGAAAACCAUUAGACGAAAGGCGGACAACGCCGAAAAAACCUUCGACGAGAAAUCGGCUGACGGGACGAGCUUUUCUGAAAGAUCUGCCAAAGCUAAACUGGCCAAGAAAGCAGACCUCCAGGAUGACAACGCCGAGAAAACCUUAGACGAAAGGUCGGCUGACGGGACGAGCUUUUCUGAGAGAUCUGCCAGAGUCAAGCUCCCCAAGAAAGGCGAUCUUCAGGCGGACAACGCCGAGAAAACCUUCGACGAGAAAUCGGCUGACGGGACGAGCUUUUCUGAAAGAUCUGCCAAAGCUAAACUGGCCAAGAAAGCAGACCUCCAGGAUGACAACGCCGAGAAAACCUUAGACGAAAAGUCGGCUGACGGGACGAGCUUUUCUGAAAGAUCUGCCAAAGCUAAACUGGCCAAGAAAGCAGACCUCCAGGAUGACAACGCCGAGAAAACCUUAGACGAAACUAAACUGGCCAAGAAAGCAGACCUCCAGGAUGACAACGCCGAGAAAACCUUAGACGAAAAGUCGGCUGACGGGACGAGCUUUUCUGAAAGAUCUGCCAGAGUCAAGCUCCCCAAGAAAGGCGAUCUUCAGGCGGACAACGCCGAGAAAACCUUAGACGAAAAGUCGGCUGACGGGACGAGCUUUUCUGAGAGAUCUGCCAGAGUCAAGCUCCCCAAGAAAGGCGAUCUUCAGGCGGACAACGCCGAGAAAACCUUCGACGAGAAGUCGGCUGACGGGACGAGCUUUUCUGAAAGAUCUGCCAAAGCUAAACUGGCCAAGAAAGCAGACCUCCAGGAUGACAACGCCGAGAAAACCUUCGACGAAAAGUCGGCUGACGGGACGAGCUUUUCUGAAAGAUCUGCCAAAGCUAAACUGGCCAAGAAAGCAGACCUCCAGGAUGACAACGCCGAGAAAACCUUAGACGAAACUCCCCAAGAAGGCGAUCUUCAGGCGGACAACGCCGGAAAAACCUUCGACGAGAAAUCGGCUGACGGGACGAGCUUUUCUGAAAGAUCUGCCAAAGCUAAACUGGCCAAGAAAGCAGACCUCCAGGAUGACAACGCCGAGAAAACCUUAGACGAAAAGUCGGCUGACGGGACGAGCUUUUCUGAAAGAUCUGCCAAAGCUAAACUGGCCAAGAAAGCAGACCUCCAGGAUGACAACGCCGAGAAAACCUUAGACGAAAGGUCGGCUGACGGGACGAGCUUUUCUGAGAGAUCUGCCAGAGUCAAGCUCCCCAAGAAAGGCGAUCUUCAGGCGGACAACGCCGAGAAAACCUUCGACGAGAAAGAUGACAACGCCGAGAAAACCUUAGACGAAAGGUCGGCUGACGGGACGAGCUUUUCUGAGAGAUCUGCCAGAGUCAAGCUCCCCAAGAAAGGCGAUCUUCAGGCGGACAACGCCGAGAAAACCUUCGACGAGAAGUCGGCUGACGGGACGAGCUUUUCUGAAAGAUCUGCCAAAGCUAAACUGGCCAAGAAAGCAGACCUCCAGGAUGACAACGCCGAGAAAACCUUAGACGAAAGGUCGGCUGACGGGACGAGCUUUUCUGAAAGAUCUGCCAAAGCUAAACUGGCCAAGAAAGCAGACCUCCAGGAUGACAACGCCGAGAAAACCUUAGACGAAAGGUCGGCUGACGGGACGAGCUUUUCUGAGAGAUCUGCCAGAGUCAAGCUCCCCAAGAAAGGCGAUCUUCAGGCGGACAACGCCCGAGAAAACCUUCGACGAGAAACAGACCUCCAGGAUGACAACGCCGAGAAAACCUUAGACGAAAAGUCGGCUGACGGGACGAGCUUUUCUGAGAGAUCUGCCAGAGUCAAGCUCCCCAAGAAAGGCGAUCUUCAGGCGGACAACGCCGAAAAAACCUUCGACGAGAAAUCGGCUGACGGGACGAGCUUUUCUGAAAGAUCUGCCAAAGCUAAACUGGCCAAGAAAGCAGACCUCCAGGAUGACAACGCCGAGAAAACCUUAGACGAAAAGUCGGCUGACGGGACGAGCUUUUCUGAAAGAUCUGCCAAAGCUAAACUGGCCAAGAAAGCAGACCUCCAGGAUGACAACGCCGAGAAAACCUUAGACGAAAAGUCGGCUGACGGGACGAGCUUUUCUGAAAGAUCUGCCAAAGCUAAACUGGCCAAGAAAGCAGACCUCCAGGAUGACAACGCCGAGAAAACCUUAGACGAAAAGUCGGCUGACGGGACGAGCUUUUCUGAAAGAUCUGCCAAAGCUAAACUGGCCAAGAAAGCAGACCUCCAGGAUGACAACGCCGAGAAAACCUUAGACGAAAGCGGACAACGCCGAAAAAACCUUCGACGAAAGUCGGCUGACGGGACGAGCUUUUCUGAAAGAUCUGCCAAAGCUAAACUGGCCAAGAAAGCAGACCUCCAGGAUGACAACGCCGAGAAAACCUUAGACGAAAAGUCGGCUGACGGGACGAGCUUUUCUGAGAGAUCUGCCAGAGUCAAGCUCCCCAAGAAAGGCGAUCUUCAGGCGGACAACGCCGAGAAAACCUUCGACGAAGAAGAUGACAACGCCGAGAAAACCUUAGACGAAAGGUCGGCUGACGGGACGAGCUUUUCUGAGAGAUCUGCCAGAGUCAAGCUCCCCAAGAAAGGCGAUCUUCAGGCGGACAACGCCGAGAAAACCUUCGACGAGAAAUCGGCUGACGGGACGAGCUUUUCUGAAAGAUCUGCCAAAGCUAAACUGGCCAAGAAAGCAGACCUCCAGGAUGACAACGCCGAGAAAACCUUAGACGAAAAGUCGGCUGACGGGACGAGCUUUUCUGAAAGAUCUGCCAAAGCUAAACUGGCCAAGAAAGCAGACCUCCAGGAUGACAACGCCGAGAAAACCUUAGACGAAAAGUCGGCUGACGGGACGAGCUUUUCUGAAAGAUCUGCCAAAGCUAAACUGGCCAAGAAAGCAGACCUCCAGGAUGACAACGCCGAGAAAACCUUAGACGAAAAGUCGGCUGACGGGACGAGCUUUUCUGAAAGAUCUGCCAAAGCUAAACUGGCCAAGAAAGCAGACCUCCAGGAUGACAACGCCGAGAAAACCUUCGACGAAAGCGGACAACGCCGGAAAAAACCUUCGACGAAAUCGGCUGACGGGACGAGCUUUUCUGAAAGAUCUGCCAAAGCUAAACUGGCCAAGAAAGCAGACCUCCAGGAUGACAACGCCGAGAAAACCAUAGACGAAAGGUCGGCUGACGGGACGAGCUUUUCUGAGAGAUCUGCCAGAGUCAAGCUCCCCAAGAAAGGCGAUCUUCAGGCGGACAACGCCGAAAAAACCUUCGACGAGAAAUCGGCUGACGGGACGAGCUUUUCUGAAAGAUCUGCCAAAGCUAAACUGGCCAAGAAAGCAGACCUCCAGGAUGACAACGCCGAGAAAACCUUAGACGAAACAGACCUCCAGGAUGACAACGCCGAGAAAACCUUAGACGAAAAGUCGGCUGACGGGACGAGCUUUUCUGAAAGAUCUGCCAAAGCUAAACUGGCCAAGAAAGCAGACCUCCAGGAUGACAACGCCGAGAAAACCUUAGACGAAAGGUCGGCUGACGGGACGAGCUUUUCUGAGAGAUCUGCCAGAGUCAAGCUCCCCAAGAAAGGCGAUCUUCAGGCGGACAACGCGCCGAAAAAACCUUCGACGAGAAAGUCGGCUGACGGGACGAGCUUUUCUGAAAGAUCUGCCAAAGCUAAACUGGCCAAGAAAGCAGACCUCCAGGAUGACAACGCCGAGAAAACCUUAGACGAAAGGCGGACAACGCCGAGAAAAACCUUCGACGAGAAAUCGGCUGACGGGACGAGCUUUUCUGAAAGAUCUGCCAAAGCUAAACUGGCCAAGAAAGCAGACCUCCAGGAUGACAACGCCGAGAAAACCUUAGACGAAAAGUCGGCUGACGGGACGAGCUUUUCUGAAAGAUCUGCCAAAGCUAAACUGGCCAAGAAAGCAGACCUCCAGGAUGACAACGCCGAGAAAACCUUAGACGAAAAGUCGGCUGACGGGACGAGCUUUUCUGAAAGAUCUGCCAAAGCUAAACUGGCCAAGAAAGCAGACCUCCAGGAUGACAACGCCGAGAAAACCUUAGACGAAAGAUCUGCCAGAGUCAAGCUCCCCAAGAAAGGCGAUCUUCAGGCGGACAACGCCGAGAAAACCUUCGACGAGAAAUCGGCUGACGGGACGAGCUUUUCUGAAAGAUCUGCCAAAGCUAAACUGGCCAAGAAAGCAGACCUCCAGGAUGACAACGCCGAGAAAACCUUAGACGAAAAGUCGGCUGACGGGACGAGCUUUUCUGAAAGAUCUGCCAAAGCUAAACUGGCCAAGAAAGCAGACCUCCAGGAUGACAACGCCGAGAAAACCUUAGACGAAAGGUCGGCUGACGGGACGAGCUUUUCUGAGAGAUCUGCCAGAGUCAAGCUCCCCAAGAAAGGCGAUCUUCAGGCGGACAACGCCGAGAAAACCUUCGACGAGAAAUCGGCUGACGGGACGAGCUUUUCUGAAAGAUCUGCCAAAGCUAAACUGGCCAAGAAAGCAGACCUCCAGGAUGACAACGCCGAGAAAACCUUAGACGAAAAGUCGGCUGACGGGACGAGCUUUUCUGAAAGAUCUGCCAAAGCUAAACUGGCCAAGAAAGCAGACCUCCAGGAUGACAACGCCGAGAAAACCUUAGACGAAAAGUCGGCUGACGGGACGAGCUUUUCUGAAAGAUCUGCCAAAGCUAAACUGGCCAAGAAAGCAGACCUCCAGGAUGACAACGCCGAGAAAACCUUAGACGAA